AUGUUCAUUAUUAUUGUUCGGUAUGCGAAUGGCAGAGAGAAGCGUGAGGUCUGGUUCGAAUACCGGCAAAUCUGCGGCUGUGAAAAGCCAUCCAAUCUCCGCUUCGAUCUCGACGAUAACAACAAUGCAACAACAAGAACGGCUCAUACCAUGGAUCAAUUUCUUCUCUUUGGAGACAGCAUCACGCAGCAGUCUAGUCUCACGUUCAGCGCUGCCUUGAGCGAUGCCUACAUACGCCGUUUGGAUGUCAUAAACCGUGGCCUGUCCGGCUACAACACACGCCAGGCCUUGCGCAUACUCCCACACGCAGUACCUCCACCGCAAGUUGCAAAGAUUCGCUUCAUGACCGUAUUCUUUGGCGCGAACGAUGCUAGACUUCCACACACUCCAGGCGGCCCACAGCAGCACGUUCCUUUAUCCGAAUACAGGGAAAACCUCAAGGCCAUCAUCACUCAUCCUCGCAUUCUCGAACAUGACGGUGCAAGAUUAAUUCUCAUCACACCACCACCAGUCGAUGAGAGGAUGUGCCUCGAAAGCUCCAAGGCUGAAGAUCCCGACUUUCCUGAUGUAUUCACUCGUCCAGCAGCCACCACAGCUCAAUACGCCAGCGUUGUGAGACAGCUUGGUCAAGAGUACAACCUUCCCGUGGUCGACAUUUGGAGUACUCUGAUUCUUCGAGCGGGCGGCAUGACCGGCGGAGUUGGACUGCCAAUUGGAUCUUCCGAGCUUGCGCCCAACCCGACAUUCCAGAGCUUUUUCCGAGAUGGACUGCAUUUGUCUUCCUUGGGCUAUGAGGUGCUUUACGAGGAGCUGAUGUCAGUGAUUGAAAAUAUCUGGCCUGAGCAGAUGCCAAGUAACCUCCCGUUUGUUCUUCCUGGUUGGCAAGACCAAGAGGCAUGGUUGCCGUACCGGUAA